UGAUUCAUAUGAUCAUAAUCGUAAUCGAUCAUUGUAAUCCAUUUAAUCCCUCUCCGCCAAUAAGAACCAAUAGACAUUUGCAAAUAUCAGGUGAUUUUUUUUAAAUAUUGCGCACUGAUCAAUGUUUGAACUGUGAUCAGAGUCCCUUAGAGCAGAAAGUUAAAAAUAUCUAAUUAUACACCAACACUUAUCAUCACUGAUCAAUAGACUGAGUAGAUUUCGUCCGAUCUCUGAAAUACUGUAAGUGCAGUGGAUGCUGCUAGUGUGGAAAGAAAGCGUUUCUUGUUUUUGCGUGUUACGUGGUGUUCGCUGAAUUUGUCGCCAACCAUUCAGUGCUGAUUUGGUGUCCGUUUUCCCUCAAAUAAAGCGUACGAAAUAUCAGGAUCGAUAGGUACUGUGGGAGUGCUUUAUCUGAAGGUUGUAGCAAACCGUGCCUUCCUCAAUCGAACGAUUCGUUUCGCUUCGUGAUUACGAUUGAGGCGUCCUUUGGCACAUCACUUUAUCACUGAGUCAGGGUGUGACCGCUUUGGUUAUCAGGAGGUUAUGGAGAAGCCUACAUCAGCUAGGGCUAUGGAUGAGCAGGAAAUUGAAGGGGCUCGUAGCUUUUCCCUGUCGGAAAUGUUGUACGACGUUACGGCUAGCGCGGUAACAACAAGAGCUGGGCAGUUUAUAUACAAGCACGCUGAAAAUGUUCUCUGGACGGUAGAGCAAACUGCCCGUUGGUCUCUGCCACAAGCGUCUCCAACAGAAUACCAAGCUAGCGAUUAUAAAUCAGCAAAAGAUCAUGGAAGAUAUUGGGAAAAGGAGACCUCAACAUGUUCAGGUGCACCGCUUAUUAGACCAAUGCCAUGGGUGUUGUUUCUUCCAACAUUGAUAUGUUUGCGCAUGGUUCGAAGUGUUUUGUCUAUGGCAUCGCGGUCAAUUGGCCGAGGCCCUUUUCUGCCCUCGAAUAUGGUUGGUUUUAUCCAAAACAAGCGGCGAAAACUACGGGCUCUAAAGUAUCGCGGACAACGUUUGGAGCGCAAAAGCAAAAUAGAAUCAGCAACGUGGUGGAAGCGAAUCUUUCUCGGUCCGCUCAAAAUGAUCCUCUGCAUCCGACCAGUUGAUUUGAAGACAAGCUCUGAUGUUGAGCAGCACGCGGUAAUUGGUAAAAAUCGGCAUGAGAUCAAUAAUAAACGCUACACUCGUCGAGAGACAGAAAGCGAUGAAGAUGCUGCAAGUGGCAAUGAUUCGUGGGAGGAUGCCAGUUGUCAGGAGUUAUUGGAAAAGUACGCCUAUGUUGUAGAUGAUUCGAGCUUUAACGUAGACGAUAUUACUUCCAGCUCUGAUUGCACCGAUACUUCAAUGUCAGAGACAGAUCAUUCCCCUGAAAAAAGUUACAUCGAGCACCGAGAAAAAGGACAAUUGCAAAACAAUGGAAAAAAGGCGGACAAAAUCCAAGAAAAAUCAAAGGCCAAUACAAAAGAAAUGAUUAAAAAUAAUAUCAAAGAAUCGACUAUCCAUAUUAAGGAUUCUUCUUGCAGCUCAAAAAUCACCGCGGAUACAGAUUCCAUCAUUCCUUUUGCAGAAGAACAUAAGCAUGCAGGCACGGAAGGCACGGAAGAGGAAAAAUUACAAAACAGCGAAGGAUCUCCUGUACAACCCAAGAAUUCCUCUAGUACAUCAAAAAUCACGAUAGAUUCCGAGGAAGACACGCAUGCAAAAUCAAAGGAUAUCGUGUCACCGUCCAGGAUCAAUCUUGCGGCUGGUUCACCGGAAAACAACGAAAAUAAACCAAUUAAUCAAAAUGUUGGAACCAUGUCACAACAGAAUAAAGCUGCAUCAUCAUCUAACUCUAAAGUACCCUCGAAACACUCCUCUAAUGCAUCAGUGAGUGAUUUAAGGAACAAUCAGCAUCAACAAAAACCAACUAAACAACAAUCUGCACCACAGCUACAAAAUAAUACUAAAGAUCAGUCUAGUUUUAGCAAUGGCGGUAAAAAUCGAAACAAAAAGACGACAACCACAUCGAUCAUUUAAUGUAAUAUGUUGAAUUUUCUUUCAUUUAUGUUAUCGAUACAAGCAUGCUAAAAGUAAAAUGGUGGAAAAUGUUUUCUUUAUUAAUUGGUCGAAAAUUUGUAAUGUUUGUUUAAGUGUUUGUUGUUUCGAAAUAAUGCGUCGAUAUAAUUAUCAUUGCUUGAUUUAUUGAAAUCGUUUGAUAAGAUGUGGUAAAAUAUACUUAAUUUU